AUGUUAAAGUCCCUGGCUCCGAUUGAAGGAAACCAACAGCCGCAACUUCAGUUGCUCUGGGAGGACAAGGAUGUGAAAUUCGAUGUCCCGCAAUUGCACAAGAACUUACGCAGCGGAGAACGAGUGCUGGACUACAUCUACCACAUCGAAGACAGCAAGGGAAAUCCGGGGGACACGGGUCGUCUGAUGGUCACCAAUCUGCGGAUUAUUUGGCAUUCGCUGGUCCACAAGAAGUAUAAUCUGUCCAUCGGGUAUGCACGGGUGUGCAACACCAGCACGCGAAUAGUGCACAUGCACUCCAAGGCCAGAAUAGCUAGUCAGGCUCUCUACAUCCUGGCCAUCAGCAACGAGACCCGCUUUGAGUUCCUUUUUACCGACGUGUCCGGGGAAACUUCACGCCGGGAUCAGCCCAUAUUCGCCAGCGUCUUUGAUGUGUAUCACCUAUACCAACGUACCUAUCUCUACCGCGACCUGAAGCUGCGCGGAGCCAUCGUUCAGUCUGGUCAACUGGUUAUUCUGCCAGAUGAGCAGGUCUACAGCCAGGUGCAGGGAGUCUGGAACUUGUCCAGCGACCAGGGCAACCUCGGCAGCUUUGUGGUGUCCAACAUUCGACUGGUGUGGUUUGCAGACGCCAACGAGACUUUCAACAUCAGUUUGCCCUAUCUACAAAUUGAAAGUCUCCGCGUCCGCGAAUCCAAAUACGGACCUGCCUUGGUCAUUCAAACGGCCGAAACAGGAGGCGGAUAUGUGCUCGGAUUUCGGGUCGAUCCCGCCGAGCGCCUGAACGAGCUCUUCAAGGAGCUCUGCUCGCUGCACAUGAUCUAUGGCGAGCAGCCCAACUUCGGCAUCCAGUACAACGCUCAGGAUGCCCGGCAGCGACUGGCAGCGGCCGCUGAGGAAGCCGCCCAGUCGUCCCAGUUUAAGGUCGAUAACUUUGAGGAGCUGGACGAGCGGCAGGAGCGCGAGAUCAACACCAAACUGAAUAGCUACCUCGCCGAAGGCUGUUUGGGAAAGGUCCCAAGUGGGUCCAGGUCCAGCCAGGAGGAAAGAGAUCCGGUUUACUGCAAGGAGCUGGGCUUCGCCAUGGAGCAAAUUAGGGAUGGCUACAAAUUACAGGAUUUGUGGAACGUCAUGCCCACCAAAAUGGAAACGAUGGAAUGAAAUGGAGAAGCAGUUCAGUUUGGUAAUAAUCUCCAAAUUUGCAUUGUAUACAGGGGUUUUUAAUAUUAUUUGAUUAUGCAAACUCAUUAAAAUGUUUUACUAUUGUGUGAAUUCUUUUAUCUUACAUAAAGGUUUUGAAACCUUUAAUAAUUUUAAAUUAAU